AUUUUGAAAUCCUGAUCAAAGUUCACGGAAGACUACCGUGUCCUGUUUAGAAAAUGAACCAUUCAUUAUCUAAUAUCACGACAUGAUGCCGGCUAUGUGGGUUCACUCAUAGUUCCUGUUUAGUUUUGUGUUUUUAAAGUCAUUCAGUCAGGUGAAUGUGUUGUUUUAUUGUGAAUGUUUUGACACUCCUCGAGCCACGACAGGUUAGCUAGUCAUGAUACCGCAAAGUAAAGACUUCCUCGUGCGGAUAGCCUUCUACUGGAAGCCGCUGUUUUCGGGGAAAUACCUGCUAGCGACUAACAUUAUCAGCAGUGGAGGAAUGCUUGCUCUUGGGGACUGCAUUCAGCAGAGCAGAGAGAAGAGACAAACCCCGACUAAAACCCGGGACUGGCAGCGCACAGGGCGUAUGUUUGCAGUUGGAUGUACCAUGGGACCGUUUAUGCACUACUGGUAUCAGUGGCUGGACAGGGCUUAUACAGGAAAAAUCAUGAAGACUGUUGCCAAGAAGGUCUUGAUAGACCAGCUUGUUGCCUCGCCAAUUUUUGGAGCUUGGUACUUCAUAGGUAUGGGUGUGAUGGAGGGUCAUGGCUGGCUCAAAGGCUGCGCUGAGUUUAAAGAGAAAUUCUGGGAGUUCUAUAAGGCGGACUGGUGCGUCUGGCCGACCGCACAGAUGAUCAACUUCUACUUCUUACCAGCCAAGUUUCGGGUGUUGUACGUAAAUACAGUUACACUGGGAUGGGACACGUACCUCUCAUAUCUCAAGCACAGGGAAAGCCACCAUGUUGAUGAAUUGGUGCAAGAGGACUCCUCAGUGUCUCCUCCUUCAGCUAAACCACUGGAUGAUAAACUGUAGUCCCACAUCAAUUCCAGCUAUAAUGUCAGAUUUUAAAGAUUAUUACUUCAUUCUUUCAGUAAAUAGAUAUAUAACUGACUUUAAUUAUUCAUAUAUAUUAGUAUAUAGUAUUAUCAAUUAUUCAAAUCAGGGUGAUAGCUAUCAUACUCCUGUACUGAAUCUUAUCAGGUAUUCACAAAGCAUGUCUGGACCUGUUCACUUUCUCACUAGUGAAGGGAAUUCUAGGGUUGUUGUUUUUUUCAGGGUGGUCAGCAACAGUACCCAGGCUGUAGUAUUUAAAUGCUUGUCAUUAUGGGGCCCAAUGUGUUUCAAGAAAACAUUCCCUACAAUACUUCAUUACAACACCAGCAGCCUAAGCCUUAACAGAAGGCAGGUUUCAUGGAUUCAUAUCGUGAAGCAGAAAUAAUGAUUCCUCCUGUAUUCACCUUUCAGCUGUAUUCCGUAGCGUUUUAUUCCUCUUCUUGGCUGACUGGAGUGGACCCUGAUGUCCUUUUCUGCUGUUGAGGCUAAAGUCCAACAUCCUGUGCAUUCUGAACUGCUUUUCUUUUCAUCAUGGUAGCAAUGAGUAAUUACUUGAGCUACCAUAGCCUUCCUGUCUACUCUGACCUCACUCCAGCUCUGAGAACUGCCACUUUUUACUUUGUCUUGUACCAUUUCGAGGAAUUUUUAAAGACUGUUAUGCGUGAUGAUCACCAGCCUCUAAAAUACACAAACCAUCAGGUGCCAACGUCCAUAUUUUCACAUUUCUGAUGGGAGCUCAAACUCCUGACCCAUGUCUUACGCAUUCCACUUCUGCCACGCGAUUGGCUGAUUUGUAUAACUGCGUGAUCGAGCGAGGAUACAGGUGUUCCUAAUUAAAUGGCCGACUGCCGUGGGUCCGUCUUCCUGUGCUAUGGUAUUCACACAGCUGAGAGUCAAAUCCUUCGUCUCACUAUUCACGCUUACCAACAGCUCAGACUUUUGCCAUCAGAUGAAUAUAAAAUGUUAGAUAUAAUAUAAAAUGUUCAUGAAGAUAAAUAGAAAAGAAUCACAGACGCCUCUCUGUGUAACAGGAAGUCUGAUUCACGUCAUCUGGUAUCUCUCUCUCUCAUCGAGAUUAUUUCUGCACAGAUUUAUUUCAGCAUGAAGUAAGAAAAACAUGAUUUGUGCUAGAUAUCAGUUUUGCCUGUUUCUUUGGUACUGAUGUUUGAAGAAAAAUGAAGAAUGAUAAAAUGCUCCUCGAUACUGA